AUGGAAACGGUCGAAUGGCGCGGCUACGGCGUCGCACGUACACCCGUUCUCGAAGAGACGGAUCGGGUGGACACCAUCUACGAACGGACCCUGACACUCUCCGCAUGGCGUGACGAUAACGCGGAGUACUUACUCUCCGACUACGCAGGGUACAACAGACGAUCGGACCCCGACUUCAAGCUCGCUUUGGGAAUCGAAGCCGUAUACCCCAUACGCCUGGCGCCGGGGGACAUCUUCCCUUGGCCACAGCCAUUCACUUCGGCGCGGAACGUCUCCCUACAACCGAGCAGACGAUAUCCCUUUUCCGUAUCUGGGUGGAAUAAUGUCCUGCGAGGCUUUCCCUGCCUCGAAUGGCUACGUCUCGACAGGGAACUUGCGCCGCGCUUCUUGUUCUCCGUCUAUACAUCAUCUCCACCCACGCUACCGAGAUCACUCCAGUGCCUUGCACUGCUGGGCUUUCGGCGCGAUGUCGACGAAGAUGGGUUUACGGACGUGUCGUACGAUGAAAUGCUGGCCCAGACCUGGCGGGAGACGCGGAAGGAAGGGGGAUCUUUACAGGCGUACAUUAUGGGCGACGUUUCGGUUGAGGGUGACGGCUUUGAGGACUGCAUUGGGAGGGAGGGUGUCGUUGUUGAGGUAGUGCGUCGACCAUACUGUAUGCAAGAAGGUCAUGAAGACUGGGAUGAUCUUACGGAGUAUUGA